CCUAUUCUAAAAGGGUUCUGCCAUCCGCCGCACCAACACAAAACAUAGGAGACUUUAAUGGGAAGGAACUUUAAUAAAACUAGGAAACCAUACAGGUAAAUACACGCUAAUAAACACUUCACUUCACAAACGUCCAGCUGAAUCAUCCCUCGUCCGGAGCUCUCCACUUACAGGGCGCGCAAACAUCGCUAAAGGAUACACAUUUUUGGACAAUAAAAGAAUGGCAAACUCCCUUGCAUCAAAGACCUUCACUGCACUGUCAGACCUGCAUCCAAAUAUGGCUAAUGUGAAAAUAAUCGGUAUAGUUAUUGGGAAAACAGAUGUCAAAGGCUUUCCAGACAGAAAAAAUAUUGGCUCAGAAAGGUACACUUUCAGUUUCACCAUCCGGGACUCACCCGCCCACUUCGUAAAUGUGACGUCCUGGGGCGCCGGAGAUUACAUCAGAUCCCUGUCUGACAGCUUCAGGGUCGGCGAGUGUGUGACAAUUGAAAAUCCCCUGAUCCAAAGAAAGGAGCUAGAAAGGGAAGAAAAAUUCAGCCCGGCCACCCCGAGUGACUAUAAACUCUCGCUCAGUGAGAAUCACUCCAAGAUGGAAGUUUGUUCCAGCUACGAAGUGGACCCGCAGCUGCUGUCUCUCAUACACUUGCCUGUCAAAGAGCCCCGCGACCACUACUCGCUGGGCGACAUCGUCGCGAACGGACGCAGCCUGGACGGGAGAAUCAUCAACGUGCUUGCGGCUGUGAGGGCGGUCGGGGAACCCAAGUCCUUCACGACUUCAGACCGGAGAAAGGGCCGGCGCUGCGAAGUGAGGCUCUACGACGAGACGGAGCCGUCCUUCACCAUGAUGUGCUGGGAUAGUGAGUCCAUCCUCCUCGCGCAGCGCUGGACGCCUGGACGAACAGUAAUAUUUGCCUCCGAUGCAAGAAUAAAUUUCGACAAGUUUCGGAACUGCAUGACGGCAACCGUAAUCUCAAAAACCAUCAUUACAACUGACCCAGAUAUACCGGAAGCUAACAUCCUCUUGAAUUUUAUAAGAGAAAAUAAAGAAGUGAAUCCUCUGGAUGAUGAAAUGGACAGUUUUUUAAAAGACUCCAUAAAUUUGACGACAAUAGUUGAUGUCUACACAAUCGAGCAGCUAAAGGCAAAAGUCCUGAAGGACGGAGGAAAAGCCCCUCCUUUCUGCGGCAUUCUCUAUGCGCACGUCUCCACACUGAACAUUGACGACGGGGUCACAAAAGUGGUUCGGAAUAGAUGUUCAGGCUGUGGCUGCCUCGUCCAAGAAGCGGCCAGCACCUGCCCAGCUUGCAGCAAAGACUCUCGGGAGCUCAGACCGCUUUUCCUCAGCUUCGAUAUGCUAGUGGCUCUCACAGACCACACAGGCACCCUCCCCUCCUGCAGCCUCGCGGGCAGUGUGGCCGAGGAGACGCUGGGCUGCACGGUAAAUCAGUUUCUUGAGAUGACGGGUGGACAGAAAACGGCACUGAAGUGGCAACUUCUUUUGGAAAGAAGCAAAAUUUAUUUAAAAUGCUGCCCGGCGCCCAGAGCCCGGGCCGGGCUGAGGAUCAGCGUGCUCUCCUGUCGGCGCGCGGACCCCGGCGAGGCCAGCAGGCGCCUGUGUGGGCAAGGAGCGUCCCACCCGUCGCCGUAAACCCCGGAGCGGAGCGGAGCAGGGGCUCUAACCGCCCAGAGACACGCGGCGGGUCACUGGGUGGCGGAGAAAAGUGUGUUUCCUUCCAAGGCAGCAAAAAUGUUUCUGUGAGUGCCGGGGUCAGCCUCAGCCCUCCUCCCGCGGCCUGCCCGCCGGCGCUCCCCGCGUGCAUAAACGUGCCCGCCCUUCCUCACACACGAGAACGGUGCCUU